CUUCUGCUGUCGGCACGCCGGGUUGUUAUGACGCGGUGCAUGCUGGGAGUCGGUGAGCAUCAAACAUGGCGACCUCCACGGGACAAGAUGGACAGGCUGAUGGUGCCUCUAAAUUGGAUCUUUUACUGCACCCUGAGCUGUUGUCUCAAGACUUUAUGCAGCUGCUCUUGAGUGAGAAACGUGUCAGCACCAGGGACUGUGAGAGUCGGGACCAGCUCACAGAGCUGUACCUCAGGCAUGUUAUCCCGCUGCCGCAGAGGAGCCUGCCCAACACCCGCUGGGGCAAGAGGAUGGAGAAGAGCCAGGGGAGACAGACACCAGCUCAUCUACUCAAGUCAAACUCCAGUAACGACCACAAUAGGAAAAGGCCUCUGAUUGUGUUUGAUGGCAGUUCCUCUCACUCUGGCCCAAUAAAAGUAAAGAAACCAGAGGGAACCACCGUGCCGACAGGAGUCACUGACAGGUUAAAACCUCCCCCUGUUGCAAACCUGUCCAACCCCAUUCGCAAGCUGUCUGCAAACACAUCGUCCACCUCUUCACCCAAUCAUCGCAGCAACGACACAGACACAAACCUGAAACGGGGAGCAAACAGCUCGGAGUCAGUGACGUCUCCAGAGGUAAAGAAAAAGAUCCAGCAUGUGACAUGGCCCUGACCUCUGACCCAUGACGGGAACUGACGGGAUCUCAGGCUCUGAAGAACAGACCACUCCCCUCCCACUACAUGUUGGUGCCCUCUGCCUGUCUUCUCCCCCGUCAUACUUAUCCCACUAACUGCAUCACAAGAGGGAAUGACAAGCCCUUUAACCUGUUUGUCGAGGCCGCCGCACAGCUCUCGACAAGAAGGUGUGGCGCUGUGGAGGUCAUCCUGCUUGUCAAGUCACACGCUUCCAUGUGGCUUCCCACAACCUCAAGUGGCCUUACCAUCAGUAAUCAGCAACUCCUCCAGUCCCCACGGAGACCUUCUACAGGACAAAACAACAACACACCUUUUUUUUCAUUUCCUGAGAUACCAUUUAAUAUAAGUAUGGUUGUUGGAAUACUUUGUAUGUGCACGAGUUGGUUUGAGAAAGAUGGCCUCCACUGCUGUGAGAGCCUGUGGACUGCAUUCUCUUAAAAAGCGUUUUGUGCUUUUGAAGUUCUUCCUAGUAGUGUUCCUUAGCUAUUGAAAUUUGAACCUUCAAAUUUUAUGUUUUAAAGAAAAGCAGCAUGACAUGCAGUUUUUCCCUACAGAAGAGCUGUGUACUUGUGUACCAUCCGUAUUUGACCACCCAAGAGUGAGUCAAUUGUCAUUCUUAAGACGAGCUGUAUGAGUUUUCCCACAUUACAUAGUGUUGCUUUAAUUGUCACUGGCUUUCCUUCUCCUCUCUGCAUCUCGUUUCUGUUUCUUCUUCUGUCUCUCUACCAGCAAUGUUAUCUGCUUUUUUUCAGCAGAAAAUUUGUUAUGAAGUCACAUUAAGAUUUCACCCUUCACUCUGUUGUCAUAACAGCAGGUAAGCCGUGUGUGGAGGCAGCUGUUGAUUAUGUAGCCAAUAGGGCUGUAAUGAUACACGUAUCGAAACUGAAAUCGCGAAACUCAGAUCCAUGAACCUGUCUCGCGGUGUGAGAAGGCAGAGUCGCAACACAACUUCAAGUCCAGAUCCAGCCCUACGAGCAAUAAGUUGCCCCUUUCACACAGCGAUUAACACCACAGCGGUGGUUUGCCGAUUCUCCGCAGUUGGUUGUUCACACAUUACGAAGCAUUGCUGGAGUAAAGACGAACCGCUGUGUAAAUCACACAGAAAGCUGACACUACAGCUUCAAUAGAGACAUGACGGUACAUGCCAUGUUGAUGACGUGUGUGUGUUUUCAAGGUGUUUCCCUGGUGUCUCCCCCAUCAAUCUAAACCCGCGGACAGUUUAUAAUCAUGUGAAUGCUGUUAUAAUGUGUAGUGAUUGAGAUCCUGACCCACCAAACACCUUGGAAAGUGACAAAGUUAUGUUUUUUUGCUAUAAAUGACAUAAUUCCAUAAUCUCCAUUAGUAAACAGGUCGCUGUCUGAAUCUGACACUCGUGAAGUCGGAGGCUGUUUUCUGGGGGAAAGUUCACUGAAGUGAUCAUCGCAGUGAUUGUUUUUUUCAUCAUGAACACUUAGUGAGUUAAAGUUUUUUUUGUCGGUGACACACACUCUUUAUUGGGGAGAAAUGUGACAAGGAGUUGGUAGGACAGGCGGGAGGAUGGAUGCUUCUCCACAUAACAGCUGCGGUACUUUUUCCUCGUUGCCAAAGACAGUUACAGUUACUACGUUACCUUAGUUUGGUUCUGUGACUUUGCUUUGUGGGACAUUUCUCUUAAUUUACUUGAGUGAGGGUCCAGUGCAGUUAUCAGACCAUCUGAUAGACACACCCUCCAUCUGCACAGCCGGCUCAUCCAUUCAUACUUGUUCAGUUUGCCAAUAUUGCGUCUUUGAUACUAUCAGAUGAAUAUCAUAUACAGAAGUUAUUGAAAUGUUACAUAAAUAAAAUGUUUAAUUAAAAAAAAUAAUCAAGGUUUAUAUCGAUCCGUGGGUCAAAACUCGUGAUACAACCGAAUCGUGAGUUUGAUGUAUUGUUACAGCCCUAGUCAUCUUAACAACCAGGUGCACUUACAAGUUUCUACAAAACACUGAUAUGGACACCCAUAACUGUUAAAUGACCUGCUUCUCAUGGCCAAUACCAAUACGAUAACUAAAUUUCUAACCUGUAAUUUUUGCAAACCUGAAGGUGAGAAAGACUGAGAUGUAUUGAGCAAAGAUGGAUGAUUUAAUAAUUCAUAGCUUGAAUAAGAAGUUUUGUGUUGAAGACCUAUAGACUUUACUCCCUCCCUUGGACACGACCAAGGGAGCUACUCACAACCAACAGAAUAAAAUGUGCACUUCGUCUGAAUUUGCACAAAAUUCGGCAAUGCGGCACCUUCCCACAAGAUUCUUCUUGUGCUUUGGAAUGUAUUGACCACGACACAACCAUAAAUUAACAUUUUAUUUCUCUUAGACGCUGUUGUGUUCUCACUAGUGGCGCUCCUUCUCUUCAUUCACUCAUGCCGCUCUGUCUCAGUUAGUCUCUCUCCAUAAGCUAUGGAGUAGUUGACAACUUUGAAUACUGUUUUUACAAACAGCUACCAACAAAUCCUGCAUAGAAUGCCUCUAAACGAAGGCUUGAUAAUAGCAAAAUAGCAUCAUCUCGUACCUCUGAGCUCAAAUCUUCCAACGCUUUUGCCACUAUAUGCUUUCACUGUCAGCGAGUCUCUGUGUGUGGUGGUUGAGGGAGUGGAAGGUAUCAGCGCUGUAGCCAACAUCACUACGUUUUGCAACAGCUGAGUGGGAGUGUCCAUUUUAAAACCCUGGCAGCACAGAUGGACUCUUAAACAGUUUGUAAUUGGUAGUUCUAUGACUUGAUUGGACAGACUGAUAUUCUAGAAAAUGCCAUAGACUCUCUUUGAGACUGAUUGUCCAAAUGAUGGACAUUGGAAAGAGGUAUUGCGAUCAUGUUAUGAAGCAAAUGAUAUUAAACAUUUUAAAGAAUUUUCAGUUUUUCCCUGGUAUACCUUUAAAAAAAAAGAAAAAAAAGAAACCACAGAUCAUGCUGAACUUAAUGCAGACAUUUUGAAACAGUAGUAGGUGUCAGUGUGUCCUCCACUGAAUGAACAUCAGUACUGUUUUCAGAUUGUUCAGGGUUUUUUAAAAUAUCAAUGUGAUGUAAAAUUAAAUGGAAAUGAUCAUGAUACUGCUUGGUGUCCAUUUUGAGAUACAAUAAGCAACAUAUUGAAUAUCAGCUAGACCAAGAAAAUGUUCUUUUUGAAAGUAUAUUUAUUUGGAAUUGUGGCUAAUUGACUUUGCUGGUAGUUUGAAGUGGAUGUAAUCAGAGUUCAUCAAAAACACACAGGAAAAAGAUUUACCAAGCAUUUUGAAUCCAUUGUCAUUUUUUGUACCAACUGUUUUUAAAUAAAUUAUGUCAAUACAAAG